AUGUGGCCGGAAGUGGAACGUCUUGCGGAAGAAGGAAUUUGUGCUUUUGCCUUUACCGCUGCUUACCCUUUUGUCGCACCUGCUGGAGGCAUCAAACCGCUUUAUGGCACCAACCCUAUGGGAUUCGCGUGGCCGCGACUUGAUUCCCCGCCGCUGGUUUUUGAUCAGGCUUCCUCGGCCAUGGCACGAGGAGAGAUCCAGAUCGCUGCGCGCGACGGCCAUUCGAUACCGGAAACUGCAGGUAUCGGUCCCGACGGUGAAACGACCACGGACCCCAAUGUUGUGCUCGAGGGUGCCCAGCUCGGCUUUGGCGGUUACAAAGGCGCCUCUCUCGCGCUUAUGGUAGAACUGCUUGCCGGUCCAUUGAUUGGCCAGUUCUUGAGCUCAGAGUCAUACCAGGAUGACAGCGGAGAAGGAAACCCGCCCAAAGGUGGUGAGCUGAUACUGGCGCUGGACCCUGCGAAAUUCGGUGACCCUGAAGGGUUUCUGGCCCAUGGCGAGAAGUUGUUUGCAGAUAUUCUGUCCCAGCCUGGCACGCGAUUGCCGGGCGCCAGGCGGUUUGAAAACAGAAAGCGCACUGUCACAGAAGGCAUUACGAUUCCGGAAAGUCUGCACCAGACAAUAUUAGAGCUAUUGCCCUGA